GGCGUCUUGUGCGUCCCAAUCGCGAACCUCCAACUCGCGACAACUCCCACACGCGCCGCGCCAGUUGUCCGUCCUCAUGGACGCAUGCUACGGCUUCUACCUGUACGGAUAAGGCUGUUACACAUCUGAGCCCUCGCGCUCAAUCUCGCACACACACAAACUCUUCGGCGCAUCCGCAACCGAGGCCGCGAUGCGGUCGCAGCACCGUACUCUCGUCUGCAUCCCCAUCCCCGCGACUCUCCCACCGCACGUCGUCGUCGCAUUUAUCCAGACCUACGCGCCGACUCUCCAGUACAACAGCCAUGUUGCCAACUUCACCGAGAUUCCCUCCGAUCCCAACUCCAUCGCCAAUGACCCCUUCUUUGGCCCCAUGGACAACACCGUCCGCACGUUCCAGAUCCACGAAGUCACCCGCCUGCUCCCGGGCAUCUCCAGAGAAGCCCGAUGGCCCGUCGUCUUCCAGUCGUUCCCCGAUGGCAUACGCUCUCGUGCCGAUCCUCCCAUCGGCACCAUCGUCUGGGCGCGAUGGACCGUUCGUCGCCGGUACGCCGGGUCGCCCGCCCUCUCAGAAAGCACCACCUCCAGCUCAGCGACCGAAGUGGGAGAAGAAUGGGAUCUCUGCGAGGAGGUUCUCACCGAUGCCAAUACCAUGAUGAUGCCCUUUACCGCAAAAGUCAUUGACCAGGUCCACAAUGAGAUAUCCCAAAGGAUUGUGGACGAGGCAUUCAAGGGCUACUUAAACGGGACUCUCCUCCACCAGUGAAGCCCCAGUCAUGCAGAAAACACUGCUGCCAGUCGGGUUAUCACGUCACUAUCCAUGUCCAGAUCGCGCGCAGAGACGCAGCAAUCAAGAUUUGUCUGCUUCCAUAAACAGCCCAUCAGGUAAGGAAGCAAUCCCUCGAAAUUGUGACGGAUCUCGACGCUUGGGGUUCAACUGCUGAUCCUAGCGCUAGGUUUGAGGAAAGCAAUGCUCA